GGCACAACGCGCCUGCUCCUCACAAUGAUCCCCUACUUCCGCGAGGUAGUCAUCAUGUCUUUCCACUGCGAGCACUGCAACACCCAGAACAACGAGAUCCAAGCGGCCGGCACCAUCCAGCCCAAGGGCACCCACUACGAGCUCCGACCGACCUCGAUCGACGACAUGCAGCGCCAGGUGGUCAAGUCCGACACAGCCACCGUCAAGUUCAUUGAGCUCGAUCUUGAGAUCCCCGCCGGGCGUGGCCAGCUCACAAAUGUGGAGGGUCUCUUGUCGUCGGUCGUGGACGACCUAGAGAUGGGGCAGGAGGCGCGCAAGGAGCAGAUGCCAGAGAUCUAUCCCAAGGUCGCGCAGAUCAUCGUCAAGGGCCGUCAGAUGCUCCUUGGUGACGCAUUCCCCUUCCGGCUCUACGUCGACGAUCCGGCGGGUAACUCUUUUAUUGCGCCUGACCUGAAAGAUGGCGUUGGCAAGUGGGAAAAGAGGGAGUACAUCCGCACAUCAGAGCAGAACGCCGAGCUCGGCAUCGGCGACUCGUCUGGGAACGACUCGGCCGCCGCCGCCGCCAUGAACGCGGCUGCCGAGGGCGACGUCAACCCAGACGAGGUGUACAGCUUCCCCGCGUCCUGCCCGGGCUGCAUGCACCCCUGCACGACGCACAUGAAGAUGGUGGACAUUCCGCACUUCAAGCAGGUGGUCAUCAUGUCCACCGUCUGCCAUGACUGCGGGUACCGCUCCAACGACGUCAAGACCGGCGGCGAGAUCCCCGAGCAGGGCGAGAAGAUCACGCUACGCGUGGACGGCGACACGGAUCUAGCGCGAGACAUCCUCAAGAGCGAGACGUGCGCCCUAGCGUGCCCGGAGCUCCACCUCGAGGUGAACCCCGGCACGCUGGGCGGGCGCUUCACCACGGUCGAGGGUCUGCUCACCCAGGUCCGGAACGACCUGCACUCGCAGAUCUUCGAGACGGGCCAGGGCGGCGACUCGCUGGCGCCGGAACAGAAGACGCAGUGGGAUUCGUUCUUUGAGGGGCUAGAUUCAGCCAUCAAGGGCGACAAGCCGUUUACCGUGAUCUUGACAGACCCCUUGGCGAGCAGCUUCGUGCAGCCGCUCGUGGACCCGCCCGCGCCGGAUCCCAAGAUGACCAAGGAGAAGUACUCGAGGACAGAGGAAGAGGAAGAAGAGCUAGGUCUCAAGGACAUGAAGCUAGAGGGCUACGAGAACGACGCCAAGGCGCAGGAAUCAUAGCAGUCGGUCACUUGAGGGUGAGCAAAGGAAAGAAGAAAAAGAUGAACAUUUACGGCUACAAU